AUGUAUCCUGCGACAUUUCUGAUAACAAUAUUAGUAGCACAUUUGAAUGCUAUUGUGCCUACACAUAAUAGUGAUAAAGGAUUACGACCUUGGCUGCAAACCGGUCCACCUCGAUUCAAGCAAAAUCAAAGAGUUGUUCAUGAGGUAUUCCUGAACGACAAAGCAAUAUUCAAGUGUACUGCAUUAGCAAGACCGGCUCCAAAGAUCCACUGGUUUAGAAAUGGAGAAUUUCUGGACCACACAACUUACGCAAAUAAUGAACGCCUUCGUGAAAAUAAAAAACAUUUUUCCUUGGAAAUUAGAAGGGUGGAAGUUAGCGAUCAGGUUAAACUUCAGAUAGAUUCCGUUUUAUUUCAUUCUCAUCACAUUCUUUGCAAAUCAUUUGUAUAUUUGCAGGGCUCGUGGGCGUGCAAAGUAUGGAAUCAAGCCGGCUCUAUAUUUCGUAAUUUUACUCUAGAAAUUAUUGAUUUCUGUGAUUACUUCCUCAUGCAUGAAUUCCCGGCUCAACACGUUCCGGAAAAGUGCAUUUGCUUGUGGUACCUUACGGGCGAGUACCGAAAAGCAAAUGUGAAUUGGACUAAGGUUAACGAUGAACGUUGUGAAGGUUUCAAAAAAUAUGCAUCAAAAAUUCGAAAACCAUUAGGGAAGAAAAUAUGUGAGAAUGGUGCGUGUGGGAAUGAGUUACCGGGAGUGGACACGCAUGAAAUUUUGCAAGGAAUUGGAUUGCAUGAUUCAAUGCCGAGUGAUUUAAUGCAUGAUCAGCAACAGCAACUCAGUGGCUUGCAGGCGACAGCUCUUUUGUCCGAUAAUGCAGAGAAACGCCUUCGAGCACGAACAGUACUCCAACAAGAAAUUCCAGACAUCAGUACAAGUAUCACAGCUAAUGGUAUUCAAGAUGUUGAUGAAGAAAGUAAGGAUGUUGAUAUCUUAAUCAGCAACAAUGAAAGCUUCUCCAGUGAAACUGACGAGAUCCCGGAAAAGUCAUCCUUAGACUUCUUAAUGCAUGACCAACCACGUCCGGAUCAAUCUGGUGAACCACAUCUUCCUGAUAUUGCACCAAGAAGGAUACAUACUCCGGUCAUAACAACUACUACUGCAACAAUUGCAACAAGAAUGGCUUUCCUGCAUACAACGAAUUCAGUGACAGCACGCUCUACUACCCGACGCAUUUUCCCUCUCCAAAAAGUGUCGCCUUACUUCAAAGUACGUGAUGAAGAUGCUGACACGUCGGUGAUAACACCUUCUGGAAGGACAAUUAAAUUACAGUGCAAAGCUGGGGGACAACCAGAACCCCAGGUUAUUUGGUUCAAUAAUAACAAGAAGGUAAUUACCACGGAAGUUCGAAGGCCAGUAGGGACUGAGUUCCGUUUACGAAAGAACACUUUGGAGAUAGAAGAUGUUGCAGAAUCAGAUUCAGGUGACUAUACGUGUGAGGCAUUCAAUUCGGCGGGAUCAGUAACACGAACUUUCAAAUUGAGGGUAGUUGAUCGGAUGCGUUCAAAACCAAUCAUAGUACCAAAUAUUCUUGUAAAUCAAACUGCUGAUGCUAACAGCACCGUUAAUUUUACUUGCAAGGUGAUAUCAGAUCUGACACCACAUAUCGUUUGGAUGCGCAUUGAAAUGACCAAUGACUCCAUUUAUUACUGGAAUGAAACAGACCGUAAAUACAUUUUUCGAUACACAGAUAUGCAGUCGGUGGAGAAUGCAAUUGUGACGAAAACAUCGCAAGAUUCAUCAACAUUGACAAUAGUGAAUGUUACAGUAGCCGAUCAAGGGAUGUAUGCAUGUGUAUCAGGCAAUCACCUUGGCCAUGCGAUAGCAAAUGCAACAUUAACAGUUAAUGAGUUCCAUGCAAUGACACUUGCAACAGGAAAUCCGGAUACGAAAUGGUCUCGUUCUUCUGUUGUGGCUGUCGUAUUCCUCCUUAUUCUACUCAUUUUCACAUUGUCUACUACUCUAUUUUACAUAUUUUGCAUUCGAAAACGCUCUAAAGCGCAAAUAGCUGAAAUGGAGCAAUUUAUCGGCCCAGUUAAAAAACGGGUUAUUGUUACAAAAGGGCCAGUUGAUCCAGAAAACGACGGUUGGUCUGACAUGCCAUCGACUUACCAAAUUCAUGUAGAACCAAUCGCAACAUCUGGAACCAGGAGACCACGACUUUCGAGCGACCUAACAUUUCUGUCGGAUUAUGAAAUUCCACCUGACCCUGCUUGGGAAGUCGAAAGAUCUAGAUUGCAUUUUGUGGAGAUGUUGGGUGAAGGAGCAUUCGGAGAAGUUUGGAAAGCAAUACUAAGAAUGUCAGUAGUGCGAACAACCACAAAUCAAGGAAAUACGCGAGAGGAAGAGGUAGCCGUCAAAAAACUGAAAGCAUCUGCUCAUGAGAAAGAAUUAAUUGAUUUGGUCAGUGAAAUGGAAACGUUUAAAAUAAUUGGUCAUCACGAGAAUUUGCUUCGAUUGAUUGGAUGCUGCACCGGUACUGGUCCGUUAUAUGUCAUUGUGGAGUUGUGCAAGCACGGGAAUUUAAGAGAUUUUCUGAGAGCUCAUCGUCCUCGCGAUGCAGAUAGUGGUUCACAGGUUCCCGAAGCUACAAAUUUUGCCUCCGGUGUUGGCGGCAGCAGUGAUCAUUACUUAGAACCGAGAAAGUUGCAAAGAAAAUUAACCAUUGCAUCAACACACGAUCAGCCAAUGCUUAUCAAGCAUUUGACACAACGACAUCUUGUACAGUUUGCCUGGCAAGUGGCGAAAGGAAUGGAGUUCAUGGCCAGUAGAAAGAUAAUUCAUCGUGAUUUGGCUGCACGAAACGUUCUGGUCGCGGACGGUUUUGUAAUGAAGAUAUCUGACUUUGGUCUAUCCCGGGAUGUCCAUUACAAUGAUUAUUAUCGAAAGAAGGGGAAUGGUCGAUUACCGAUAAAAUGGAUGGCAUUAGAAGCACUGGAUUCUCAUGUGUAUACAAUCUACAGUGAUGUCUGGUCAUUUGGAAUAUUACUUUGGGAAAUAAUGACCCUCGGUGGUACACCUUAUCCGUCGAUUGCAAUGCAACAGCUGUAUUCAUGUCUGAAAGAGGGAUAUCGAAUGGAAGCACCGGAUAAUUGCCCUGAGGAGGUUUAUGAUGUUAUGGUUGCAUGUUGGCAGGAAAAACCAGAAAAUCGUCCAAGUUUCGACACUUUGGUUGAUUAUUUUGACUGGAUGCUUACUCAAUCAGCUCGUGAUCACGAGAAUUAUUUGGAAGUACAGUCGAUAACGAGUGAUGGAAGUGAAGAAGUGAAAAAUAUCGCACCACCGCCACCUCUACCAUUACGUGCCACAGAGAGUCCAUCAAGGCACAGGAAAGCACGACCACUAUCAGAACCUGUUAUAAGUCCGAGUGAACCGGUAGUCGAUCCUGACUCAGAUUCUGAAUUUGAUGAUGAUUCCCACCCUCUGUUAUCUGGCGAAAAAGCUGUUUCGUAUGAGAAGCAAAGUCAAUCCGGUGUGCAUCAUGCAUUUAUUAGAAGAUGUCCUGCACUUCCAAUAAUGGAUACGUCACCUUUCAAUGAACUUAGCCUGAAUAGUACGGCGACAAUAUCGAUAGAUAGUGCAAUCGGUUCACCUUUAUGGUCAGCUGGAGCAACACCGGCAUUGUUGGAAUUAGAUGCCAAUGAGAAAGGCGAUUCACCGACUUCCUAUAAGAAACACCGACUAAGUAAUGGACCAUACUUAGAAGCUGAAAAAAAGAAUGAGGUCACAGGCGAAGAAAAUGACACAGAUGUUACUUGUAACAGUGGUUUACUGAGUCCGCAGUAUGUAAAUGUUGAGAGUGCACAGCCAGCUUCUGUUGAAAGGGGUAAAUUACAAGGCACGAAAUUUCCUUUUCCACCACUAAGGCAUACUCGUUUUUCCGAUUCAACGGCUUAUGAAACCAAUCCAGUUCAUAUGGACAAUUUGAGAAAGCCAGCAUUUGAAGGAUCCCUAUCAGCGUUCACUGUUAAUCAAGCAAAUAUUUUACUAACAGAGGUGAGUAAGGAAAACCCGACUGAAUCCUCAAUAUCGAAGUCAAACAACAAUAACCAGCAGCGAAGAUUUUCGAUCGAAUCAAGUUCAAGUGGGCGAGGUGGUUCCUCAGGGAUGUCUAGCGCAGAAGGUCUGGGUGGUGUUGCCGAAUUCUGUCAAAUUGAAUGCAGUGGAGGAAAAGCAAAACUUUAUGAAUUGUAUUCGCAGCAACAACAACCAGAAAGGAAAAUUCCGUUGUCUAUUUUAGAAGUUGACAAAAAUUCGUGA